GUAUUAAGCAAGAAAAUCAUCGUCUUCUUGGCAAAAUUCUGGAUGGAAAAAAGUACAAGUCCCGCCCAAAUUGGGGACGAACACCUUCCGCCGACGACGAUGGCUAAUCCGAUUGAUCGAAUCUGCGAUGAACUUGAAGUAUGUAGAGAAGAAGCACUCUGUUACCUCGAAGGAUUCCAAUGGAAUUUUGAUUCGGCGUUAGAGGCUUGCCGCAACCAAACCUUGCCGUUGUCGUCUCUCGCGUUUGAAUCUUCGCCGGUGAACGAGAAAUUAGCGUCUAAUACGCCGUCGACACUGCCAUUAAUGAUCGAUUCUGGUCCGAGUUGGAAUCCGCCGGUUGAUCAAUCGAGAAAUCAGAGUAUUGCAGGAUUUUGCGAAGUGCUUGUUGGAGCUAGUGUAGAAGAGGCACGCGCUUACCUCGAGCGCAACAAUUGGAAUAUAGACCUAGCCGUCGACUCUUUCUGGGUCGAGCGCCGUCAAACGCCUUCUCAAAAGAAGUCGAAUCCUCUACAAUUAGUUUCAAAAUCGCAGUUUCAAGAUUACUCGAAACCACUCAAAAUCGGGAGCUCUUCUUCUGAGUAUGGAUUCGUUUCGUAUAUGUUCUUAGGUUCGAUGGAGGUUGACUCGAGAGGAGAACAUAUCCCUGAAGUUGUACCUCUAAUGGCGUCAUCUCAAGUCAAGAAUCAAAAUAUUCAGGAAUUAAGAAGUGUUUGGCCACCGGAGGAAACUUGGGUUGAUCGAAUCUUGCCGGAGGUUUCGGUGAGCGAGGCAUCUGCUGAGGCGCCGCCUAAUUUGCCAGUGCAACUGUCUCAAUUCAAUAAUGAACGCAUCUCUUCAUUCAGUAAUGUGGUUGGUGGAGCGACUAGAGAGGAGGCAAUCGAUUGCCUUAAACUCUGCAAUUGGGAUGUAGACCAAGCCGUCGGCUUUUAUAUGGACAGGUUCUCAAAGGAUCUGUCCAUGGCAAUCGCUAUGAGUUCGAAGGAUAACAGAGGGCUGCCUCUUCCUUCACAAUCACAGUUUCAGGCUUCACUUGGUUACUUUAAAGAAGGAAGCACUUCUAGUUCGAUGGAGGUUGAUCCAACCGAGUCAGAAAGGUCGCUCCAAGGGACUGGUGAAGAAAACCAUGCAGUAGACGGGUUCUCAGAGCAUGAAUUGUCCGCGGCAAUCGCUAAUAGUUUGAAGGAGAGCAGAGAGGUGCCUCUUCCAUCCAUUGAAUUACCUUCACAAUCGCAGUUUCAGGCUUCACUUGGUUACUUGAAAGAAGGAAGCACUUCUAGUUUGAUGGAGGUUGAUCCGACCGAGUCAGAAAGGUCACUCGAAGAGGCUGGUAAAGAAAACGCCGCAGUAGCUAUUCUUGGAAUGGCGUCGUCUCAAGUGGAUGGUGAGGGUGUUGAGAAAGACUCAAGCAUGGAGACAUUCCCUGAUCCUGUUGCUUACCAAGACAGGAUUAUUGUGGGGCCUCGAGCUGCGGGGACUACUAUUACAAUAACUAUCGUCUUGGCCGAUGGGCGAUUGGUAAAUAUUCCUUUUAGACCAAACCAAACCGUCAGAGACAUCCGUGAUGCCAUUGACGAGCUAACACCAGAUUUCGACAAAGACUACAUUUUGCAAUCAGGGGCUGCAGUAGAUUACAUGGAUCCGGAUAUAACUGUACAUGAAAUAUCUACUGGUGAUACAACUCUCCUCCAGAUCUACCUGUAGCUUUGGUUUUUGUACAGUUUCCAUUGAUUGAUGAAACAUAUAGAGAGAGGGAGACAUGUAUAUGACUUUAGAAAGGAUUCUUGCCUUGUAUAGAAAGGAAAAAAUAGAACAGAGCAGCUUUAUACUUGUUAUGAGAUAUAGGAAUGGAUAAAGAGAUUUUUCUUAU